AUGUACACUUCACAGGCCAUGCCAGCCCAGAGUGCAAGGAGCCAGGAGGAGGAAAUAGGGAGCGAGAGUUCUGAGGAGGAGGGGAGCCCAGAGACAGAGGAUGACUUGGCAUCCAUAGAUGCAUGCAUCCAGGAGCUGUUUUCAAGCCCGGAGGAAGCUAGCCAGUCACAGCAGGUGGAACUUGGGGACUCGCAAAGAUCAGAGGAGGCACCUGGAGGUAAUGGGACGGUGACUGAGAAGGAGGUGGAGAAUUCUCAGCGGGAAGGUCUCGAGCAAGUGGAACAGCAUGGGAUGCAAUCAGGAAGAGCUGAAGGGAACAGUCCCUGCUCAGGACUCCAGGAAGCAACCUGCAAGAGUCAGCUCAGGCCAGAGAGACAGCUAAGAAACCACCGCAGGAAGAAGCAGGGUAAAUCCACUCACCGUGGAGUUUUGAAAGAUCUUCCCAAAGACACGAUCCAACCAGGAAUCUGCACUAAAGAAAAAACUUAUGAUUGUGCUGAGUGUGGGAAAAGCUUCAGUCGGAGCUCUACCCUGAUUAUACAUCAGAGAAACCACACGGGGGAGAAACCCUAUAACUGCCCCGAGUGCGGGAAAAGCUUCAGUCGGAGAUCUACCCUGAUCAUACAUCAGAGAGUCCACACGGGAGAGAAACCCUACAAGUGUCAUGACUGUGGGAAGAGCUUCAAGCGCAGCUCAGAACUUCUUUCACAUCAACGAACCCACACGGGAGAGAAACCCCAUAACUGCCCCGACUGUGGGAAAACCUUCAGUGAUGGCUCAAACCUCAUUAAGCAUCAGAGAAUCCACACAGGACAGAAACUCUAUAACUGCCCUGAGUGCGGGAAGAGCUUCAGUCGGCGCUCACACCUUAUCACUCAUCAGAGAAUCCACACGGGAGAGCGGCCCUUCUACUGCCCUGAGUGCGGGAAGGGGUUCAGUCGGAAGGCUCAUGUCAUUAUACACCAGAAAACCCACACUGGAGAGAGACCCUUUAGCUGUCCUGAGUGCGGGAAAAGCUUCAUUCGGAGCUCAGACCUCACUAUACAUAAAAGAAUCCACACCGGAGAGACACCUUAUCAAUGUUCCGUCUGUGGGAAAAGUUUCAAGCAGAGCUCAGAACUUAUUUCACAUCAGAGAAUCCACACAGGAGAGAGACUUUAUAACUGCCCCGACUGCAAGAAAAGCUUCAGUAAUAGCUCUGACCUUAUUGUGCAUCGGAGAAUCCACACAGGAGAGAAGCCCUAUAAAUGCUCUGAUUGUGGGAAAAGCUUUGGUCACAGCUUGGCCUUUAUUAGACACAGGAGAAUCCACACUGGCCUGAGGCCCUAUAACUGCCCCGAGUGCAGGAAAAGUUUUGCUCAGAAAUGGCACCUUAUUAGACACCAGAGAAUGCGCAAUGGAGAGACACCCUAUAAAUGUUCUGUCUGUGGGAAAAGCUACAAGGCAAAGGUCUCCCUCAUGUCCCACAGAAACUCCACACAGGAUAGAAGGCAGCGAGAGCUCUCCCUGUGGGGCAAUGGGUCUGUGCUCCCCUGAAGCAAAGCGUAAACCUGCUGCAGUUGAGGAUGGGCUGAGCGGGGGCAGCAGGUAGGCGGAUGGUUUGGAUUUCAGUGAGGGCAGCUGGUGGGGCCAGAGGAGGGGGAAAUGCUGGGCACUGGGGAGAUGAGUCAUUUCAGGGUCUAGGGGGAGCAGGCGAUGGAAUUAGUGGGGAGACAUUUGUGCAAGUUCCAUAUGCGCUUUCCAAUUCAGCAGGGAGGUAAAAAUUCCCUGUUGCCAUCCAGUCAUCCUUGCAGCUCCUAAGGCCCUUGAGGACAGAUGCACGGGGACAUUCUGUAGGGCAGCACCAAGCCGUCGUAU